AGUCAACAAUUUUUAUAGCUUUCUUCCUCUCCAAAACCACACAAAAUCAAGAAAAGACAUUUGAGUUUAAGAUCCAGUUAACCAGAGAUGAGAGCCAACAACAACAACAACACAAGAGAAGAAGAGAGAAGCAGUUCUUCAAAGCAGCAGCAACCACAAGCUCCUAUGUCUUUGAAGAUCAUAGAUUCAUGUCUCAGACUAAGUGUGGUUCCUCUCAGUGUUGCAACCAUCUGGUUAACUGUCACUAACCAUGAAUCCAACCCUGACUAUGGCAAUUUAGACUACAACUCCAUCAUGGGUCUCAAGUAUAUGGUUGGUGUGAGUGCCAUAUCUGCUAUUUAUGCUCUGCUCUCUACUAUCUCUUCAUGGGUCACAUGUUUAGUCUCCAAAGCUUGGCUCUUCUUUGUUCCUGACCAGGUUUUAGCUUAUGUGAUGACAACAUCAGUAGCAGGAGCAACAGAGAUAGUGUAUUUACUUAACAAAGGAGACAAAAUAGUGACAUGGAGUGAAAUCUACAGGCAUGAACUUAUCUCAACCUCAACUAACGAAACUGAUCGAGUCAUUAAUCGUUGCUUUCUCCGGAAGAAGACCACACAAGAAACCAUUCAUCUCAAAGCUUUUCAGGUCGAAGAAUCAGAUUCGUACUCUUUCACCGUAUCCUAUCAACCAAAUCUCCGGAUUCGUCAUGAAAAUCUCGAUGGACACGAACUUAAGACCACUCUUGAACGUCCUCGCGAUCGUGCACUUCAACUCGAAGACAGCAUCCCAAAACAGUUUCUUGUCUCUCAAGAAACAUGUCUCGAACACGUCAUGAUCAUCUUGUCGGCGAUGUAUCUCCCGCAUUCGAUUCAAGAACGUCUUGUCCGUUAUAUCUCAACAGAAUCCGUUAAGUUCAGCAACCGCCGCCGCGGUAGAGGAGGAGGUUUGAAGGUAGAAGUUGACGUUAAAGUCGACGUGGAACAAUGGGUGAGGAUUGAUUGUUGUUGUAAACAAAAGGGUACUUGUCUGGUUCCGCCGAUGGAUUGUCCCAUUUGCUUAACGGACUUAUCUAGUGCGGUGAGUCGUAUGGAGUUAUCAUGCCCAUUUAUUUGCCUUAAAUCGGAAUCAAUAAGAAUUCUUCUUUUCUUUGUCUCCUCGACCAAAAUUCUCAUCAAAAUCAAACAAGAACCAAAGAGACGAAAUAUUCUCAGGUCAAAGCUUGGUGCUGGGUUUUCUUCUAUCUCUCUCAUGGAGACGAGCUCUGACUUGUCUUCCAGGGUUCGUCUUAACAUUGGUGGAAAGAAAUUUUGUACGACCAUUGAUACUUUGACUAUCCGUGAGCCAGACUCAAUGCUCGCAGCGAUGUUUAGUGGUCGACAUGCAAUGUGCCAGGAAUCCAAGAAGGGAUAUGUAUUCAUAGACAGGGAUGGAAAGCACUUCCGUCAUAUUCUAAAUUGGUUGCGUGAUGGCGUUGCUCCAAGUUUGUCAGAUCCUGAUUGUUCUGAACUUUUGCGCGAAGCAGACUACUAUCAGCUUCUUGGGCUGAAAGAUGGAAUAAAAGAUUCGAGAAGAGAAGUUGGUGAAGUAGAAGCUGAAUUAACGCGUAUAGAUAUCAUCAAAUGUAUACAAUCCGAAAGAGUCAGGUUCCGAGGAGUUAAUCUUUCUGGAAUCGAUCUUUCUAAACUGGAUCUAUCCCUUGUGGAUUUCAGCUAUGCUUGUCUCAGGAAUGUGUUUUUCUCUCGUACAAAUCUUCAAUGUGCCAAAUUUCGGGAUGCUGAUGCUGAAGGCUCCAUCUUUCACAAUGCUAUUUUGCGCGAGUGUGAGUUUACCAGUGCAAAUCUUAGAGGAGCGUUGUUAGCUGGUACAAAUCUUCAGAGUGCAAAUUUACAAGAUGCCUGCUUAGUGGACUGCAGCUUCUGUGGUGCAGAUCUCCGCACUGCACACUUGCAGAAUGCGGACCUUACAAAUGCCAACUUAGAAGGAGCAAAUCUAGAAGGUGCAAAUUUGAAGGGUGCAAAAUUGAGUAAUGCCAACUUCAAAGGAGCAAACCUUCAACGAGCUUACUUGAGGCAUGUGAAUCUGCGAGAAGCGCAUUUGGAAGGAGCAAACCUCGGUGGCGCUAAUAUGACUGGUGCUAUUCGAUAAACUCCAUUUGUUCAGACUGACUGUAAGUCUCGUCGUCUUAUAAAUGAUUUGUAACUGC